GUUGUUCAACCCAGCAUUUGCAUUUUGCCAAUUAAUAUUUAGCAUUAGCAUAUUUCCGUAAGAGAAUUUCGCCUAACAUUUUUCCACGUGUUUAUUAGUUGGUUUACCUUCUAUUACAAUAAUAUGGGUGUUGACAUAGAAACUCUUGCGCCCGGAAACGGCACUACUUAUCCGAAACCCGGUCAAACAGUUGUCGUCCACUAUACUGGAACCCUACAAAAUGGCAAAAAGUUUGAUUCGUCUAGAGAUCGUGGCCAGCCAUUUAAAUUCACCUUAGGAAAAGGGGAUGUGAUUAAGGGCUGGGACCAAGGAUUGGCUAAAAUGUCAGUGGGUGAGCGAGCCAAACUGACCUGUUCUCCUGAUUUUGCUUAUGGUUCUAGAGGUCAUCCUGGAGUCAUUCCGCCUAAUGCUACUCUUGUGUUUGAUGUAGAAUUAUUAAGAGUCGAAUAAAUCCCUUGCCAUAUUUAUUAAAUGUAAUUAAAUUAUUAUUAUUGUAUUAUAAAUUAUUUAUUUAAAAAGAACACAAAUUAUUAUAUUUGUUUAGUUUAAAGCUGUGUAUAUUUGGUUGGCGACUUAGGUUUUUAUCCUCAUAGUUUAUUAUUGUUAAUAUACUCAUAUAUAAUUUUAAUAUA